GAGAGAGGGAGUGAGAAAGAGAGCGAGAGUGAAGGGAGUGGCAGACGCUGACAAAUCUCAUGCCGGGAAGCCGACAGAGCCAUCCCUACACACACUAUCUGAAGUUCGCCGGCACAGACUUCUUUAUACCACACCGCAUUUGGACUUCAUAAGUCCCGCAGGUAGAAUGGAGAGGGAUAUCCGCCAUCCUCAUAUUUAGUGCCUCAGUUUAAACCCUUAAUAAGCUGCGAAACUUGAAGUUUCACCAGUGGACAUAAUGAACAUGCUAAAGUCCAGUGGCUUGAAGAUCCCUGGCAGGGGUCCCAAACAUGCCAGUCCAGUGGGACGAACAACCGCUGGCCCAUCAACCAGUCCUGCGGCUCAAAAAGACAGUUGCCCCUACAAGCAGACGACUCCCACCCCAAGCAGUAAUGCCUCAGACAAGUCCAGCUCCAAAGCCUCUGAGGUUGGUGACGAGGUGGCCGGUGACUUUGUAGUCGGUGAACGUGUCUGGGUGAACGGAGUCAAGCCGGGUGUCAUAGCCUACCUCGGAGAGACCCAAUUUUCCCCGGGACAGUGGGCAGGAGUGGUGCUAAAUGAUCUGGUUGGGAAAAACGAUGGCUCUGUCAAUGGCGUGCGCUACUUCGAGUGCCAGGCUUUGCAGGGGAUUUUCACGAGGCCUUCUAAGCUCACGCGCCAACCCAUCGGAGACGGGAGCGAUGAGCAGCAAAACGCGCAGCUUCAAGGUGGAGCAGGAGCUUCUGGCCAGCGCGUGGUCAUGCCGCUCAGAGAAGGCAUGCUCAACAGCUCCGUCAAAACCGGCAACGAGUCCGGAUCCAACAUGUCUGACAGUGGAUCUGUGAAGAAAGGUGGAGAGAAGGACCUAAAAGUUGGAGAUCGUGUGCUGGUUGGCGGCACUAAAACAGGAGUAGUGCGUUAUGUGGGAGAGACUGACUUUGCCAAGGGCGAGUGGUGUGGAGUGGAGCUGGACGAGCCGUUAGGGAAAAACGAUGGAGCUGUAGCUGGAACCAGAUAUUUCCAGUGCCCACCCAAGUUUGGCCUCUUUGCUCCAAUCCACAAGGUGAUUCGCAUUGGCUUCCCAUCCACCAGUCCAGCUAAAGCUAAGAAGAGCAAGCGUAUGGCGAUGGGUGUGUCGUCUCUGGCUCACAGCCCCUCCAGUUCCUCCAUCAGCUCUGUCAGCUCUGUGGCGUCCAGCGUUGGAGGCCGUCCCAGCCGCACUGGCCUGUUGACAGAGACAUCAUCGAGGUAUGCACGGAAGAUCUCAGGGACCACAGCUCUGCAGGAAGCCCUGAAGGAGAAACAGCAGCACAUCGAGCAGCUCCUGGCAGAGAGAGACCUGGAGAGGGCCGAAGUCGCGAAGGCCACCAGCCAUAUCUGCGAGGUGGAAAAGGAGCUGGCGGCGCUGAAGGCCCGACAUCUGCAGUAUGCAACAGAGACGGAGAGCAACCUACAGCAAGUCCGAGCAAUGCUGGCAAGCACACAGAAAGACAAAAUGGAGCUGGCCAAUCAGCUUGAAGAAGAAAAAAGGAAAGUGGAGGAUCUUCAAUUCAGAGUUGAGGAAGAGUCCAUUACCAAAGGAGACCUGGAGACUCAGACCAAACUGGAGCAUGCCCGUAUUCGGCAGCUCGAGCAGUGUCUGCAUUUGGAAAAGUCCAAAGCAGAGCGGCUUCAGAAAGAGUUAGAGGAAAAGAUGCAAACUACAGUUGAGGAGAAGACUCGUGUUAUGCAGCUUGAAGAGGAACUGGCCUUGCGCAAGGCUGAGGUUGAGGAGCUCCAGGUUCGAUUUCAGAGAGGCUCCUCUGGUCCGGCCACAGAUGCUGAAGAUGGAGAGCCGGGCAUAACAUCCGAAACGCUGGUCUUGCGGGAACAGCUUCUCUCGGCGGGCCGCGAACGCCGUGAAGAGAGCAGCCAGCUGCGCCAGAGGUACGAGGCAUCUCUGAGCACCAGCCAGAAAGAAGCCGAACGCCUUAAAGCCAUUACAGAACGUCAGGGUCAAGAGAUUUCUGACCUGAAGCAAAGACUUCAGCAGGCCACUCGAGAAAACAUGGAGAUGAUGGACAGCUGGAAAGCCAAACUGGACGCUCUGGUUGGAGACCAUCAACGUGCUCUUGAAGAACUGAAAGCCUCAUUAACGACAGAUCAUGGGUCUGGUGAGAUCAAUGGAGGAGAAGGUGAAGGAAGCGUGCCUGAGAUGAGAGCAGCUCUGGAGGGCUUAAAGAUGGAGCACCAACUGGAGUUGGAGAACUUGAAGGCCAAACAUGAGAUCGAUGCUGCAGUGAUGACUAAAGAGCGUGAAGACCUACGCAGCCGGCUUCAGGAGCUACGGGACCAGCUUGAAGACAGCGAGGAGAACUGGAAGAUCCAGGUGGAGACCAAGAGCAACCAGCACACUCUGGAGAUCAAAGAGGUUACAGAGAAGCUUCAAAAGGCUGAUCUGAGGAUCGGAGAUCUGGAUAAGUCUCAGGAAGAGCGUGAUAAGGUCAACCAACUUCUCAAAGAGCAGCUAAUGCUCGCUGAGAAGAAGAUGGUAGAUUAUGAGGCCCUGCAGAAGGCUGAAGCUCAGAGCCGAGCUGAGAUCCUCUCUUUGCAGGAGAAGCUCCGAGUCAGUGAGAACCGUCUGCAGGCUGUAGAGGCAGAUCACACCACUCAGGAUGUUAAUAUGAUUGAAAAUAACGACAACUCUGAAGAGAAGAUUAAACUAAAACAAAAUGUGGAAGAAACUCUGGAGAAACUCACAAAAAGGGAAAAAGAAGUGUCCACUCUAACAACCCAAGUAGAUGCCCUGAAGACCCAAAUAACUGCCUUGGAGGAAAAGGUUCGUCUGGGAGAAAAAGCAGCAGAUGGACUCAUUAAGGAGAAGACCCGUUUGGAGGCAGAGCUGGAGACCAUGACUAAGAAAUCCCAUGAUGCAUCAGGCCAGCUAGUCAAUAUUAGCCAGGAGCUUCUGAAAAAAGAAAGGAGUCUGAACGAGCUGCGGGUGUUACUGCUGGAGUCUCCGCGUCACUCUGCUGGAGUGGAUCGGGAUCUGAGCCGUGAAGUUCACAGGGCCGAGUGGAGGAUGAAGGAGCAGAAACUACAAGAUGACAUCAAAACCCUGAGAGAGAAACUUUUGCUGCUGGGUCGGGAGAGGUCGUCUCCAGACCAUCGCCGGUACUCUAUGAUGGACCCGUCUACCUCAGAUACAGAGGUGACUCGUCUGCGUCAAAGGCUGCUGAACACUGAAGAUGCUCUGAGGAAUGCUCUGGAACACAACCAACACGUGGACCAGCUAGUGCAGGCCAUGCGCACCCGUCCAGACAAAAACCAGGCACAUGCUAGUGCAAACUCUGCAAAUGGAAUCCAUCAAGAAGACACUUCCUUCACACAAGAGGAAGAACACUGAUGAGGGCUAAAACUGUUCAGAGGAGUAUUGGGAACGAAGAAGCCAAUUUGAUGCCUAGACCUUUGGACUAAUGCUUCACUGAGCAUCUUAUGUUCUGUUUACAGUUAACACCAAAACUAUGAACUUUAUAGAUGAGCAAAUGAAAACACAAAUAUCUAAAAUGAUCGGAGAUGCUAGGAAAAAAGUGUUUUUUAAGGUCAGUGGUACAAACACGGACAGACCGACACUCUGUAGACUACCUCCGAGAUGGACAAUGAUGUCUGACUUAAACAACACAAGAGCCGGUCAGGAUACUUGAAUCCUCGGAAGGAAAAACACUAUAGUCCCGGUUGCCGUUUCAAAAACAUUUUUGGCCUCAAUUUAUACCGUUAAUUUAUUCGCCAUUUAUGCGUUUUUUCUAGAAUGGUCUAUUCGGAGAGAUAAACCGGCCAGCGUAGGGUUUGAAGAACUGGUCAUUAGAUACUGUAGCAAACAAGAAAAUAAAACAGACAGGCUCCUUUAUUCCA